AUGAGGGCAAUGAUCUCUUUCCGUCGAGCGUUGGUUGAACACCACCACGCGGCAUACAUGAGCAGAGAAGGGCGCUUGUACUAUACCAUGGGGAACCUGGACCACCGCGUGGAUACGCCAGAUGCGCGGAUCACCAAUGACACCGAUCUCCUUCUGCAAUUCCUUUUUGAGUUUGUGCUGGGCGGGAUCAUGAAGCCGGAGUCGGGCGCCUGCUGUCAGAUCUUUUUUCUCAUUUUCACCGUAGCUGUGGCCUAUACCGAAGCAGAGGAUGGCGCACCCGGAUGGGGAUUCCCAUCCAUUGGCAUUGCGUUUGUAGUGGUGCUGGUUUCCUUGGUGCCAACCCUCGCGGCUGCAGAUGGACUGACGAAGGCGCAGUCACAGGUGCAAUCGGCAGAAGCAGCAUUGCGUUCAGCAUAUUCAAAAUGCCGGCUUUUUGCAGAGUCCAUUUGCUUCUAUGGUGGAGAGGAGAGUGAGGCCGAACGAAUGGAACAGUUGUAUGUUAAGGUCCAGGAGGGCUUCCGUUCCUUUGCGAUGUACAAGCUCUUAGUGGACCUCUCUCAGCUAGCGUUCUACUUUGGCCUCGCUCCAGUGUCGAUGACCAUCGCGGCCUUCGUUGUACGCAAAGGCAGCUGGACCCAAGAUUCAGAGACGACCUUCUACGUCUUAAACCUCACCUUUAUUCGCAUCAUCCGCUGCUGCCUGGAAGUGGCCAAGAGCAUUGUGGACCUGGCAAAGGCUCAGGCAAUGCUUCAGCGUGUAGUUCAACUUCUUGAGGUGAUGGACGCAUUCAUCGCCUUCGAAGCCCACCGGAAGGGCAAACGGUCUUUGAGUCGAGCAGAAGGCUUCCUCAUUGAUGAGGAAGAGGUUCUAUGUUGCCUUCCUUACUAUCAUGUGCAACAACUUCAUUCCGGCGCUGUGGUGCCAAUGAACACUCAGCCCUUUGUGGAGUUUCAGCAUGUGGACAUCUACACCCCAGAUGGUAUGAGGUUACUCCUCAAAGAUGUGAGUCUUAGGCUGGAACCUGGUGAGAGUUGCCUCAUCAUGGGUCCCAGCGGCAUCGGCAAAUCCUCAUUGUUGAGGGUGCUGGGGCAGCUUUGGCCACUUUUCCGCAAUCCGGUUGGAGGACCGCAAGGAGCCUCCUUUUGUCGUCCUGGACCUCGCAGCGUUUUCUUCCUGGCGCAGAGACCAUACCUUUUUCAGGGCACCCUGAGAGAACAGGUGGCGUAUCCCAUUUGGGACACAUCCUUGUUGACAGACCUGAAUGAGCAAACAAUGGAGAAGCUCUUCACUGAUGCCAAUCUCUUGGAUGUUUGGGAAGCCCGAAGGCCCGUUGAGUGGGACUUUCUUGCAUCUUUGCGCUAUCCUGGUCAUGACUUUCGUCACGGCUUCCAUCAGAAGUCUGGUGAUCCUGAGAUCCAUCCACCGUUCAUGAACAGCCGAGCUGUUCUCGGCGGAUGCCAAGUGCUGCUUCGUGAGCAGCCAGUGUCGUCCCAGAUGUGCCAGGGCUGCAAUGGGGACAAACUCGUGGUGUUCAAUCCGAGUAUCAUCUCCUGUGAAUUUGGGAAUCCUGAACAUUGCAUCAAUGAGCACUCUGGACAUGAGCUUCUGACCGUGAAUGGUGCCUGCCAUAGGUUGCAGUCAACAACUUGUGGAGACUUUCGCGUCGAAGGCCCACCUGAAGCCGCCAAGGUCCGUCCAUUGUCGAUGCGCUGCCUGGAGGAGAGGGAUGCUUCCCUCUUGGCUUGGAACCAAGUAGAGUAUGAAUGUAUCCUGCUGGGCCGUCGCUUGGAGAUCCUGGUCGUGGCGCAACAUCAAAUGACCCAUGGCUCGGAUGAGAUCACGCAGAGGAGGCCCCAGCCUUGGAGCGCCACCAAUGAUUGCUCCGUGAAAGCGUCCUCCAUGGACUCCAAGCCAAAAUCAUUCACGAAGCGGAAGAGCCAACAACGAGGAGAUCUGUAUCAAGGCAGCCUUGAGUUCAGGGCUGAUGGAGACUUCGGGCACAUGCAUCCAGUGAAGUCACCAAUAGUCCACAAUGGGAACAAGCUGGUUCCCCUUGAACAGAGUCCCGCUUGGGAUCAUAUCGAUGUAGCUGCUGCUGAUGUGCUUGAAGAUGUGCAGUCAGUUGAACCCAAGUACCAAAACUCUGUGGGCAAAGAUGACACGUCCAAGAAGGUGAUGACCGUGGUUCGGUUCCUGUCGCAGCUGAGGAUUGGACAGGAAGAGGUAGAUCAGCCGGAGCAGGUGUGGAGGAGGCCAGUUCAGCCUGCAAGAUGGCAGUCUGCAGUAAAAUAG